CACGUGGAGGUUUCGAAGCGAAGCAAUGUUUUGAGCUAAGGGUAGCGAGUCCAGUCACGUGAUGACUCAGAGAGAAAAGUCGUUCUGGCUUCACGACCAAUUGCUGCGCUUUAUCAACUCCAACACCACCUGCUCGUUUCAUGCAUGUGGCCUGCACUUGAGGGCAACAGGCCUCUCGCCUGGAAUGGAUGCUGGUCGAGUCAGUGGGAAUCUGACAGCCUCAAGCAAACACACGAUGCACACCGAACACGUACGGCUACACUGUCAUUGGCGUCCCGCCUCUUCAACUGCAAACACGACUUCCCGGGUGCCACCUCCGUAUUUGAGAUGGGAUAUUUCUACCAACCGCCUCCCACGUACUCUCGAUAUUUGAGUCUCGAAUUCCCUCAUGUCUCACAACUCCAUCAACUGUCAUCGCGGAACCAAAGGAUUUCAGUGCGGAACGUCGGCUGCACCUCAGCUGUUGGGCACAUGCAGCAUCCUUUCAGCUCUCGAAUAGUACCCGCUGCACCGGUGCCACUCGCUCCAGGCUGCCGCACCUCGUCAACACCGGGAUCCUGGCCAAAGUUGGCUCCCUCGCCGAUCUCGCGAUCCCUUGCUUCUGCCUGAAGCCGUGGUCUCACACCAUGGCUGCGCCAUUUCUUCCUUCCUUGUCAACUGUCAGGCGAUCCGCGCUCUACCCACGAGCUAUUCUCAGGGAGCAAAUCAGUGUUCGCCGUGGCGGGCAGUGAGGAUUCUCA